AUGCGAGGGUUCUGUUUGAAAAGCUUGAAAUUCGGCGCUUCAAGAAUCUCGAUUGUUGUUGGCGUUAAUGUUAAUCUUCUUCGAUUCUUCGGCUCCCAACCUGUAUUAUCCACUAGCCGGUAUCCGACUUUCACGACCAGUGGUUACCAACUGCUUCGAUGCCUCUCCAAACACAGGAUAUACGACGCACGCAACCUGCUCGACGAAAUGCUCCCAGGAGGAACCUCCCGCAGCCGUACGGUUUACUGCACUUCUCUGGUUACCAAGUUUUCCAGGAGUGGGUUCGUGGAUGAAGCUCGCUUGCUGUUCGAUAUCAUGCCAGCGGAGAGGAACGUUGUUACGUAUAACGCAAUGUUGUCCGGUUAUGUCCAGUGUGGGAGAUUGAAGGAGGCGAUGGCUCUUUUUCGAGAGAUGCCUGAAAGGAAUGUUAUUUCUUGGACAUCGAUGCUUUCGGGGUUGGCUGAUGCGGGAAGAAUCGACGAGGCUAAGUUGCUGUUCGUGAAUAUGCCUGAGAAGAACGUGGUUUCGUGGAAUGCCAUGGUUGUUGGGUUGAUUAGGAAUGCGGAUUUGGAGAAUGCGAGGUUGGUUUUUGACAAGAUGCCUGUUAAGAAUGUGGCGUCUUGGAAUGCCAUGAUUGCAGGGUACGCAGAUAUUGGUCGAAUAGAAGAAGCGAGGACCCUGUUUGAUAUGAUGCCUGAUCCAAAUGCACUGACUUGGACUAGUAUGGUUUCUGGUUAUUGCCGGGUUGGAGAAGUGGCCGAGGGAUAUAAUAUGUUUCAGAGAAUCCGUGACCGGAAUGUCAUUUCUUGGACAUCCAUGAUUAGCGGAUUCACAUGGAAUGGCUUCUAUGAAGAAGCGUUGUUGCUUUUCCUAGAGAUGAAUAGAACAUCUGGUGUAGCACCAAACUGUGAGACCUUGAUUUCCCUUGCUUAUGCAUGUGCUGGCUUAAGAUUUUCUGAACUUGGCCGGCAGGUUCAUGCUCAGAUGCUGAUUCAGGCAAUGCAAUGUGACGAUUAUGAUGGCAGAAUAGCUAAGAGCCUUAUUUACAUGUACUCUUCAUUUGGUACCAUGCCCUCUGCACAAUACUUAUUCGACAACUUCUCCGACGAUUCUGUUCUUCAGUCUCGCAAUUGCUUGAUUAAUGGCUAUGUAAGGGUUGGAGACUUAGAGAAGGCUCGAAUUUUAUUCGAUGCAGCUCCUUCCCGUGACAAGAUCACGUGGACUUCGAUCAUUAGCGGUUACUUCAGUGUUGGACUCGUGUUGCAGGCUUGCCAUCUAUUUCACGACAUGCCUUUCAAGGAUGCAAUUGCAUGGACAACAAUGAUCACAGGGCAUAUACAAAAUGAGCACUUUUAUGAAGCUAUGCAUUUCUUUUUGGAAAUGAGGACUUUUGGUGUUAUUCCUCUAAGUACCACAUACACCGUUCUUUUUGGUGCUGUUGGUGCAAUGGCAUAUCUUGAUCACGGAAGAUCGCUGCAUGGGAUGAUUAUCAAGACACAACCUGGCUUUGACUUGAUCCUUGAGAAUUCUGUAGUCUCCAUGUAUGCAAAAUGUGGGGAGCUCCGUGAUGCCUGUAAAAUUUUCUUACGGAUGACUUCACGCGACGAUAUCUCUUGGAAUUCUAUGAUUAUGGGGUUCGCUCAUCAUGGUCUGGCCAAUGAAGCCUUACAAGUUUUUGAAGCCAUGAUGGAAUCAAGAACACGCCCCAACUCCCUCACCUUUUUGGCUGUCUUAUCAGCAUGUAGUCAUGCUGGCUUGCUUGACAAAGGGUUGGAGUUAUUCACUCUGAUGACUGAUGUUCAUGGAAUCCAACCAGGUUUGGAACAUUGCAUCUCUGUCGUCAACAUACUGGGCCGAGCAGGAAAACUUGAAGAAGCAGAGAAAUUCAUUGCAGGACUACCAUUCCAUAGACACCCUGCUAUGUUGGGAGCAAUACUCGGUGUAAGUGGACCAGACAAGAGAAGUCUUGGAAUUGCCGAACGGUCAGGGAAGCUACUCCUUGAACUCGACCCGAUGAAUGCAGCUGCUCAUGUCCACCUCUGCAACUUGUAUGCGUCAAACCAUCAUCACCUGAAGGAAUAUAAGCUGAGGCGGGAGAUGCUUGUGAAGGGGGUUAAGAAGGUUCCAGGGUGCAGCUGGAUCGUCCUGAGCGGGAAAGUUCACAUGUUCUUAUGCGGAGAUUCGUUGAACCCAGAAGCUGAAGAGUUGUUAAUCUCCAUGUCCAAUUCCUGUUGCGGCUGA